UUUUGCAUAACUUAGAUAGAAAUUUGUACUACAAACAGCCGAGACUGUCAUACUGUAUUUCUCCAGGAAGAAAAUUCUCCAAAAUGGAGAUGGAACGACGGGAAGAUGUAUUCUCAGAAGUAGCCAAAAAAUUCCCAAUGAGAGAAUUCAAGAAAUUUGCCAAAUCUGAGAUCGGUCUUGUCCUUGAUCACAAUGACGUCGUAUCGAUUAUUGCGAGCAACAACUACGAAUCAGACGAAGAACAAAAAGUUCAAAUUCUUUAUCAUUGGGCAGAGAAAAAUGGAACAAGAGCAACAAAUGAGAAGCUAAGACAACUUGUUACCGACUACUUCAAAAUGGAGGAAUCUUAUGUACCUGGCGAAAGACUUGAAGACGUUUUCCAGAAGAUCGUAGAAAGAUUUGCAAAUAUCGAACAGUUCAAACGUUUUGCUCGAUCUAAGCGUGGUCUCUCACUAGAUGGUAGCAAAGUUCGUUCAAUUGACGAAGCUAAUAGCUCGUCAGGAGACAAAUGCAUUGAAAUGUUGCUGGCUUGGAAACUAAAAAGUGAUUUUUUGAAGAGUCAAAUUUAUCGGCAAAAAUAAAAAAAUUGGUUGAUGAUUAUUUUUCUGAAGAAGAAUUUAUGCCAGAAGGUGCUGAAGGUUCGAGUCAAGCAUCUACUAGUCAACAACGGACCCGAAAUCAACAGAGUCAAGAAUCCAAUGAUGAUACUAGAAAGAAGUCUAGCACAAGAGACAAUGACGAAACAGGUCAAGACGGGCCAAGUCACGGUGAUAGCGAUGAAAAAGAAAUAAAACAAUCUCCCCAAGGCAAAAAGAAUAACGCCCAAAAGAGCGAACAA